AUGUCGACCACGGGUCCCAUAAGUAAUUAUUAUGUGGACUCCUUGAUCAACCAUGAAAACGAGGAUGUCCUUACUGCAACUCGUUUUUCGGCGCCCGGUUCGCACCCAGCCGGUCCUCGUCCGACGUCGCUAGUACCGGAGUGUGCUGACUAUCCUUCCUGCAGCUUCGCACCCAAGCCACCCGUCUUCUCCACCUCCUGGGCCCCUGUACACUCCCAGUCAUCAGUGGUUUACCAUCCAUACAGUCACCAACCUCACUUAGGCACAGACUCGAGAUAUGUGCGGUCAUGGCUGGAGCCGAUAUCAGGCGCCGUGCCUUUCCAUGGCUAUCCGGGGAACAACAGGCACUACGGGCUGAAGCCCGAUGCAUUUCAAGAACACAGAGCCGGCGAGUGUCUCGGCUCCAGCGGACGGACCUACACGGAUUAUCUGUACUGCUCAUCCACUGACAUGCGAGACAAGACGCAGCAGAAUCUCCCCUCUCCUGAGUCGGAGCUCAUGGCUUCAGGAAAACAUAAAGAUGAGAAACCGGAGCUAGAUCCGAAUAACCCUGUGGCAAAUUGGAUACACGCCCGCUCCACAAGGAAGAAGCGAUGUCCUUACACAAAGUACCAGACUCUCGAACUGGAAAAGGAGUUUCUGUUCAAUAUGUAUCUUACAAGAGACCGCCGAUACGAGGUCGCCAGAGUGCUGAAUCUGACCGAGAGGCAGGUCAAAAUCUGGUUUCAGAACCGGAGAAUGAAGAUGAAGAAGAUGAACAAAGAAAAGACCGACAGCAAAGACCAAUAA